GGUAAUGCUUGAUUCUUAAGCACUCAAAGUCUCAAGCCCUCGUUCUCUCACCAGAACCCCCAAAACCCUACGAACAAACCGCAGCCUCCGCCUCCCAGUCCAGCUUCCUUCUCCGGCCAGCCUCCCAGCCCCCACGCGCUUCUCCGGCCAUGGCUGAACCCGAGGUAGCUGCCACCGCAGCCACCGCCAUGGAAACCGAGGCGUCGGAGGCGAACCCUAGUCUGAAGAGGGAGCGGGAGGAGGGGGACGUCUCCGCCGCCAGCGCUGCGGCGGAGGCAGUGGAGGAAGCGGCGGCUAAGAAACCGAGGCUGGAGGAAGAGGCGAAGGAUGUUGAGGAGAAGGGGGUGGAAGAGGGGGCGAAGGAUGUUGAGGGGAAGGGGGAGGAAGAGGGGGCGAAGGGAGAGGAUGGGAAGCCGGUAAAGUUGGGGCCGAAGGAGUUCGCAUCUUCCGUCGACAUGUUCGACUACUUCUUCGCGCUGCUCCACUCCUGGACACCGCAGCUUGAGAUCAAUAAGUAUGAGCAUAUGGUGUUGGAGGACCUGGUGAAGAAAGGCCAUGCUGAGCCCAGUAAGAAGAUUGGAGCAGGCGUUGAAGCCUUUGAGAUCCGCAACCAUCCCGUCUGGCAAAGCCGUUGUUUCUUUGUUCGCAGGGUUGAUGGAUCCUCCGAUGAUUUCAGCUUCCGCAAGUGUGUGGACAACAUACUUCCUCUCCCUGAGGACCUGAAGAUGGGCAAAUCGAAUGGCAAGAAGGGUGGUGGUGGCCACUACAAGGGCAACGGCGGGAGAGGAGGCCGAGGCGGUGGUGGUCGAGGUGGAGGUAGCUUCCGCGGCGGCCGGGGCCGGGGCAGGCGAGGCAACUAGGAACCCCAAUAAACCCCCACAGUUUUGCCUAUCUAAUGCCAAACAUCAUAACCUGAGGCAUUUAUCAUGAUCUAUGCGUGUUUCUUUGCCUGUCCCAUAGAGGAGCACGCUCCACCACUUAUGUACUGUGCAACUGUGAUAUGAUCCGUGGAUGCUCGCAUCAUAUUGUUCUUUACUUGUUUAUGUCUUUUCUGUUAUUCAGUUAUUUAAGUCGAGGUGUCUUUGCGUCAA